AUGAAUUAAUAAUAACCAGAUAUCCCACCCUCAAAAAAAACACAAUUUACUACAUCCAUAGAUAAUGUAAUUAAUUAAACAAUCUCUAAAAAACCUAAUAUUUCUGAAUUUCUAAUUUAAGAAAUUUUGGAAGCUAGUGGAUUUUAGACAAAUGAUUAAAAUUGCUAUAAAUUAAUAGGUUUUAGUGCUCUUAAAUUAAAGCUCAUCUAACUGAUAAAUGGAUGAUAGAAAUAACAGAUUCCAUGGUUUCAAAAUUAAUCUAAGAUAGAAUGAGAAAAAAAGAAAAAGAUCCUGAUGAAAAACUCUAAAUAACUACGAAUGAUAUUGUAAAUGAAUUAGAUUAAAGAGGAUUAAAAUUACAAAAUCCAUUUCAAUACCCAGAAAUUGAUGCUAAUAACUUAUAAAAAAUGAAAAAUGAAUGAUAACUAUGAAUUGCUAAAAUAUAC